GAAAGGAGAGGAGAGGAGAGAAGGAAGAAAGAGUAAGGUUGCUGUAUGCGUAAUUAGGUGUCGCUUCUGCUGUUUGGCGCCAACCUGCCGGACAGAUAAAAGAGGCAUAACCGUAGUAUGAGUAUAGUAUUAUUUAUUGAGGAUUUAUGGUGGUGCUAACGGGUUAAUAGUUGUGUUCCCGUAGGCCUGUUCGGUUAUUAUUAUUAGUGUGCAUUAGCAGAAUUCGGGGACGCUGCUUUCUACAAAACACGCGUCCUGAAAGAUUCAUAAAGCCUCCAAGAGAUCCACGCUGCUCAGUGAUUGCUUAAAUCCUGCAAAAUGGGGAGAAAAUCAAGCCGAGCGAAAGAGAAGAAGCAGAGGAGGCUUGAGGAGAGGGCAGCCAUGGAUGCUGUGUGUGCUAAAGUGGUUGCAGCUAAUAAGCUUGAUGAUCCUCUCGCAGCAUUUCCAGUGUUCAAAAAGUAUGAUAGAAAUGGGUUGAACUUAGAAAUUGAGUGCAAGCGGGUGACUGCGCUGUCUUCCAUCACUGUGGAGUGGGCAUAUGAGCUGACCAGAGCUAACAUGCAGACACUAUAUGAACAAAGUGAGUGGGGAUGGAAAGAAAGAGAGAAGAGAGAGGAGAUGAAAGAUGAACGAGCGUGGUAUCUACUGGCCCGUGAUGCUGACUCUGCUCCUGUUGCUUUCUCUCAUUUUCGAUUUGAUGUUGAAUGUGGUGACGAGGUGUUAUACUGUUAUGAACUGCAGCUGGAGAGCAAAGCCAGGCGGAAAGGUCUAGGAAAGUUUCUUGUUCAAAUCCUACAGCUCAUCGCCAACAGUACACAGAUGAAAAAAGUCAUGUUGACUGUAUUCAAACACAAUCACGGAGCAUACCAGUUCUUCAGGGAGGCCCUGCAAUUUGAGAUUGACGAAACAUCGCCCAGUAUGUCUGGUUGCUGUGGUGACGAGUACUCCUAUGAGAUUCUGAGUCGACGGACGAAAUACGGCGAGGCGUCGGGUCAUGCGCACGGCGGCAGCCAUUGUGGAGGCUGCUGCCAUUAGGUGCUGGCCUUCCUCUUUUGUUACACAAACACUCCUCAUUAGAAACCCCUGCCAGUAAUCACCUUUUGGCCCAUGUUAUUCCAUGUUAGCUCCAUAUAAAAUCCCCUUAAGCUUGGUUCAGUCACACAGUGUAGAACAAAGAAGUCUGAACAAAGAGCCAGUCAGAGCAUCCCUAUUUUCAGGAGCAAGUAUUUAAGAAAGUAUUCAGACUAAGGUUGCAGUAAGUUUAAAGCUCAUGAGGCACUUAGAUAAAAGAUGAAUCCAAGAAUUGUAAAAUACACUUUUGAGGGUGGAUAAAUGAUUUUUUUUUUGCAGAUUGUUCAGUCACGUGUAAUGAUGUGAGUAAAGUAGGUGAUUUAGGGUUGUAGUGAUACAGGUUGUGUUAUAUUUAAAAUAGGAAAGAAAUACCUCAUUUUGUGUCAUAUUAUAUUUAAAUUACACCUUAAAGUUCAUUAUAAUAGCCAAUUAUUUGAAAUCAUAUUUAAAGGCAUAUGGGGUACAUUUUUGAGUAAAACGGUUACAAAGUACAGCAGCAGAUUAGGGGUAUAGGUCAAGUAGCAGGACAAAUGUCAAUAAGUCUGUGUGUGUGUUUUACAGAUACUGUUGUUUAAUGCUACUGGUACACCUGCUUUCUUCACUUUGUUUUAACUUAUGUCAUCAUUUUCUUCAAAUAUUUCCACCUUAUUUUUAACUGUAAGAAAAAGUAAUAAACUGACGGGUGUGCCUUUAAUGUUUAAAUAAUUGCCAUUAAUAAGAUUUCUGUACUAAAGUUUAAGGCUGGACAUAUUGCAUCGAAUUAUUCCAUUAAGAUUUUUUUUUUCCAUUUAGAUUAGAUUUUGCACAACAUGCAUGCAAUAUUUAUACCAGAGAAGUAUCCAAAUUCCCAAAAUUGACGCUGCAGCUUUAAACAGCAUUUUAGGUUAAAGGGCCUUUCCCUGUGGGAACUUGGAAGUGGUGGGUCUUGAACCUUCAACCUUCCCAUUAGUGGCACUGUACCUAACUGCUGUACUUAAGUUACCACUGCAGUCUGAAUUGGCCACAUUAUAAUGUGAUGUCUUGCAACAAUUUUCUUGUUAAUAUAGCCUGGUAGUAUCCUGUCUGAGUCUUUACAGAAUAUGCUGUAACAUAUUUUAGUUUUUAUUAAAAUGAAUUACAGUGCAGCAUUAGAAAGAGGUGCUCUGCUGGUGCUCUAAAGUGCAGGUCUUUUUUCUUAAAGAUGCGACACAAAUGGUGCUCUUGUUGAUGGUGUAUUUUUAUUGGCAUAUUAAAGCUAAAGCUGUGAAGAGGUGACUGAACUAAGCCCUAGAAAUAAUCGUAGCACUGCAUCUGUAUUACCUCUUUGUGCUUACUAGUUUUACCUUGACCACAACCAGAGGAAAAUAAUUCCAUAAUAUCCAGUUUCACAUAGUUAGAGUAACAGAUGGCAGUAAUGGCCAUUGUGACAGCUCUGUGUAAUGAACUCAAGCCCUCACCUCAGGAACAGCAGGGUGAGUUGGAAAUCCGCACAUUAUCCAUCAUGAUAAUCAGAAACCUUUCAGGGCUACACUUUCAUCCUUACAUUUUCUUCCUCUCAAGCUGCUGAAUAUUACAAUGAGUCCAAGUGCAUGUCACAUUGGUUUUUACUUCUGUCAGGGUACUUGUACAUACAUUUUAAGAAAAUGCAAUGAGCUUACCUUAGUGUUAUAUUACUUAAAGGAACAAAAAUGGUGAAUGGCUUUGUAUUCUUUGUAAUCACUCAAACUAGUCAGUCUCAGGUCAUUCAACUGAAUCAAGACUAUAUUAUACGUUUUAUAACAGCUGUAUACAGGGGAUUGGUGUUUAAGGAUAAUUUUCCUGUUCCCAAUUAAAAUGAGAAAGGUGAGAAGGGUUAAUAUGAGUUAUGAUGGACCCUUAGUGUAGAAAAGUACUUCUUUUUAAGUAUUAUAACCUUUUAUCAUUUCUGUGUUUUUUUUUUUCCAGAACUGUAUAUAAUCUAUUUGCAUUUUCAUUUUAUUUGCCUUCACAGGGUUUUGAUGGAAUGAUGUUAAGAAAUGAAAGGCUGUUUGAUUAAUUAAUAUUCCUUUCAUGCUUUGUUGUUGAUGCAUAAAGGGAUGUUAUCUCAGCUUUGUGUUUUAUUUGUUUGCAACAAAUAAACUUGUUUGACUCUGA